AGACAGGGUCAACACACGCUGAGAGGAAGGGCUGUCCUGGCUGAAGAGGGACUGGACUGAUACUGAGAAGAAGAUUAAGAAACAGACGGAAGACAGAGGGGCUUUUUGCACUGCACGGGUCAGCUGCUGAGUCUCCGCUUCAGGGGUCGUGUAUGGUGCGCUUGGCUGGUGAACAGAAAACACCAGAAGAAGAAAUGAGUUUUGGAGCAGCCUGCAUUUUCCUGCGUGGAGGGAAAAACAUUUCCAGAGAACUGGCAGAUGAUGAGAUUGAUGAGCUGCGUGAUGCAUUCAAUGAGUUUGAUAAAGACAAGGAUGGGCUGAUCAGCUGCAAGGACCUGGGGAACCUGAUGAGGACGAUGGGUUACAUGCCCACUGAGAUGGAGCUGAUUGAGCUGAGCCAAAACAUCAACAUGAACCUUGGUGGCAGAGUCGACUUUGAAGACUUUGUGGAACUGAUGACUCCGAAGCUUCUGGCAGAAACGGCUGGGAUGAUUGGCGUGAAGGAGCUCAAAGACGCCUUUAAAGAGUUCGACGUGGACGGAGAUGGAGAGAUCACAACGGAGGAGCUGCGUUCAGCUAUGACAAAGCUGAUGGGAGAGCACAUGAGUCGGCGGGAGAUAGAUGCCAUAGUGAGAGAGGUGGAUGAAGACGGGGAUGGCACAGUAGACUUUGAAGAGUUCGUCAGAAUGAUGUCCCAUCAAUGAUGGUCGAGGAGAAGGUCAAACAAGAAAGUACCUUUGCACAUCUGCGGUCAUGCAUCGAUAAUGACGCUGUCUUUCUCUAAAGCUCCUUGACAGAUUAACUUGUACAUAUUCAGAACAAACGUAAUAAUGUUAAAAUUCAAAUGUAGUGCUGCAAAGAAAAGCCAAGCAAUAUCAAAUAGUUCUCAGAGAGAAUACACAGCUAUGCAAAGACUGACAAUCAUGUACUGAGACAUUAUUGUAAAUGUAAGAGUAUUGGAAAGAUGGUGAUGAACAAAUAGAGCUAUAUUAUUUUGUUUGAUGAUAUAUAUUGUAUAUACACAAAGUCCUUUUGGGUUGUUUUGUUGAACUGAUUGAUUUUUUGAAAUGUACUUAUUGAAUUAUUCAGACACACUGAAAUGAUGUUAUAAUGCAAUAUUAGCAAUUACUCUGUUACUGUUCGCCUGGACUUGUAAUGUAACUCCUUGGAUUACAUCAUUCAUUUUUGGAUCAAAUCCAUCAAGUUAAAUCGUGUAAACAGGUAUUUCUGCCUUUGUUUGGCAAAGAACAAAAUAAAACAUCUAAAUAUA